AUGAUGAGGAAAUAUCUUGGGGUAUCAACACGAACUGUUGGGUUCUUCGUCUUCGCUGCAAAUCUGUUCUUGUUCCUUCAAUGGUCAUUGGUGAAUCGCUGGCGGAACAGGAACAAGCUCGCUCUAUGUAGCAUUCUACAUCAAAAGUUGAAAGCAGGUAGUCGGAGUCACGGGUUCACCAGCUUGACCGACGUGAAGAGCUGGGAGGAGCUUGAGUGCAGCCGAUUCUACCGCUCGCAUGAGCUGAGUGACAGUUCCUUCCGCAUCAGCCCACCCCGCACACCAAACAGCUCCUCCUCUCCUCCUCCCUCCUGCCCGCAAGCGUGCGUGGGUAGCUGGCAGCCGGGAGAUUGGGUGCAGUGGUGCCCAGAGGACGAAAGAGACUGUGGGAGCACGUUCAUCCCUUCGAGCCAGGACUGCCUGUACUACUUCUACGAUCGAUGGGAGACAGCACGAUGCCUGAGAGACAGCUGGGUUGUCAUGCUGGGGAGCUCUGGAGUGACCAACCUAGGACUGAGCUGGUUGUCGUCCCUUGACCCAACCUUGUCGGACUCGUUCAACGGUCCGCAAUGGUACAACAUGAGCUGCUGGACGGAGAAGGGAGGCUGCUCGAAGCCGCUUCACACGGUCCCUGGCUUCGUGAACUUCGCUUACAUGAGGCUGGAUGUUGUCUUCGAUGGAGGAGGGAGAGUUGUCUACAAGAGCGGGGACAGAAACCUCUCUGACGCCCCUGUUGUCCCAGGAGGAUGGAGACUGACGGUUAUCCCUGUGCAGUACGCGCAUGAGGCCGUCACGCAGCUCAGAGACGCGAUGAGGUGCAGCAGGGAUCGGCAAGCGUCUCCCAUCGUCUACGUGCAGGUGGGCCAGUGGUACCUCAACGGGUUCGACGGGAAGUCGAGAGCAUGGGGGCUGAACACGAGCGAGAGCCGCACGCUGCAUGCGCUGAGGACAACGAAUGAGCUCUUUCGGCUGUACAUGGAGGACAUCGACUGGAUGAUCAGGAGGAUGAAGACGAUGCGCGUGUCGGCGAUCGCCAUCGGCAACAUGCCGACCAGCAGGCACGCGUGCCGGAAGCGAGAAGCGCUGGGUUGCAGACAAGGGCUGAACAGGAUCGUUGAGAUGGUGGUAGAGGGGCACAUGUCAGGCAGUAGUGCGAGGGGGGGAGGAGAGGGAAGGGAGGAGGAGGAGGAGGAGGAGGAGGAGGUGUCAGUCUUCAUGGUUGACUGGUCUAGCGUCAGCAUCGGGCAGCAGGGAGGAGCUCAUUCGAGCCAUCAGGCUGGUAUCAUGGGGAUGCAGAGGAUCCUGUCUGUACUCUGCGACCACGAGGACACGAGGACAGGCAGAGGAGGGGAGGGAGAAGGAGAGGAAAGAGCAGCGGGAGGGGCGGAGGAAAGGAAGAGAGCUGGAGAGCCAGUUCCAGGCAUCGCGUCAAGGAGACGCUCGGCAAAGCAAGUCUGCGGGAAGUUUUCAUCGUGGAGCUCCUCAUGUGGGCCUUCAGGGGACUGGAGGACGAUGAUAGGGAGGAGAUGCGAUGUGAGCUUGUACAACAUCACGGCGGAAGACGGCAGCAGCGUGAUCCGUGAAGUGAUAAGUGGCAAGAGGAGCAGGAGGACGGGAAGGCUGAUCAUGUCAAAGAGCACGAUCUCGCUGAAGGUGAUGAAGAAGCUAUCCGUCCCCACCAUCUCUCGCAGGAUGCUGGAGCUCAGGCACGGGCUCCUCCUCCUUUUCGCUCUCCUGCUGGUGUACGUGCUGCAUGCAGGUGAGAUGGAAGAAAUCGACCUUGCCUGCUUGCUGCAGCUCCUCCGAUCAGCUGGGAGACGAACCAAGAAGUCGCAACAUGACUCGUUGACAAGUGCGGUUCCCAUGCAAUCUAGCAAACAGUCAGAUGCCGAUGGUGCAGCAUCAUCCUCGUCAACGCCAGGGACAGAAGCAGGAGCAGGAGCGGGUAGAGGAAAAGGGGGCGAGAGGUUGGAGGCGAUCAGCGGAGCUCGUCUCAUCGCAUCUUUGCAUGUCGUUGGUACACACCUCUCCCGCCUCUCCUCCUCCUCCUCGCAUCCAUACCUGCUGCAGUGGGGAUACACGUGGGUCCCCUGGUUCUUCCUCUUGUCCGGCUACAUUUUGACAUUCGGGAGGGUAACGAGGAGGUCGAGGGCCGACGAUCUCGAUCCUCUGCAGUUUGUGUGGAAGCGAUUGGCUGCUGUCUACCCGCUUUACAUCUUUGGAUUUGCAGUUUCUUUGAUCUCUUCGCUCGGCUCUCACAACCUUCUUCGCUCCUUCUCCCUCUCCUCCAUCAUCAUCCAGAUGUUCUUGCUUCAAUCUUGGUUCCCCUCGGAGACAGAGCACAGCCUGCAGUCCCAGUGCUGGUUUCUCAGCUCGAUCGUUCCCUUCUGGUACAUGCACAACACGACGCUCAAACGUCUCCUGCUGCUGGAUACCAAGUGGGGGCGAUUCGAGAAUUGGGCUGACGUGCUGGUCGUCGUGCUCAAGUUCCAUCCCUUCUGCUACUUCCACAUGUACGUCACGGGGAUGAUCCUGGCCAUCGUCUACGUGCGGCAGAAGCAACAGGGUUCAGUGCCAUGGAUGUGGCGCAGAGGGUCGCUCAUAGGAUAUUCUCUCCUCCUCGUCGUCUUCUGCUUCCCUGCUAUCCGUCCUCCUGCCAGCAAACUCCUCUGUCGCCUCGGCGGGCUGGCACCGCUGCAAUGCUUGAUCUUGAUCGGGUUGUCGCAAGAGGAAGAUGCGGUUGCGAGAUUCUUCAAGACCAAGUUCAUGGCAUCACUGGGCAAGUUUUCCUACUGCAUCUACAUACUGCAAUACAUUGUAUUCUGGUUGUGGGGAGGAGACGAGGUCUUGUCAGAAUCGGUCAAGUUUUCUGCUGACGUCCAUCAGGCGGAUUUCGGGUUCUGGUUCCUUCUGGUUGUGUUGGCUGCAAUCUCGUAUCACACCAUACAGGCAACACAUCUAGAUUCUUAUCUCAACUUUGACCCCGACGAUCCUUCAGCCUCCGCCUUCGCCUUGUUCUUUGCCGUUUCAGUCCUCCCAGAUCCAUGGAAGAACUAUUUGUUCCAGAGAGGUUCUCUCAGCAAGCAGACGCCUUUCGCGAUCAUCUACGAGCAAGGGAUCGUUGAUGUCCGCCUUGAUCUGCAGUGUUUGUCUCUCAUCACAGUGCAGAUCCCGCAGCAAGAUGAAGAGGAUGCUUUCUGGGAUUGGGAGAACAAGGGCCUGGUCAUCAACCCCUCCAUUGCGGUCGAUCCCAAGGACUCGGACGUGCUGUGGGUGGCGGCAAGGCUUCAUCGAGAAGACAAGGAGAAGCAUCAAGUUCAAUCUAGAAGGAGGAGGAAGGCUGGUUCGAGGAAAGUGUCAAAGGCAGAGGACGUCGCUCUUUCUGUUUCCAAGUGGAAUUCACGAAUUGCAGUCGGAGUGCUCUCCGUCUCAAAACUCACAGACACCCACUGGAACACGUUCGCUCCCAUACAUCCGGUUGACAUUCCUCUUCCUGCCGACAUGAAUCUCAACAGCUCGAUCUGGACUCCUUGUCUUCCUCCUCCUCUCCGUCAUCCUGUCAACAACUCGGCGACGCUGCGGUUCUCAACAGGCCCUGAGGAUCCGAGGAUCCAGUUCGGCACGUCAGAUUCGCAGAUGCAUAUCACUUUCUUUUCGUUCGUCCCAGGGCAUCGAGGCAAGACAGAUAUUCCUCCUCGUUGUUCCGAUCCGACAUCAUACGGGAAAUUCUACGAGACGAUUGUGUUUGCUGAGGAAAACCGACUUGAGACCAAACAGUUGAGUUUCGAUGGAGCUGAGCGUCAAGAGAUCGAGAAGAAUUGGAUGAGGUUUGAAGUGAAGGGAGUGGUCCAUUACAUCCGAUCUCUCCACCCUUACAUCGUCGUCCGGCAAUCUUCUCGCAAAGCCUCAACUCAGGUCAUUGUACGGACAGAAGUUCCUGCGUUCGCGCAAGUAGUGCAACAUGAGAAGCUCAAGAUUCACGGAGGGAGCAACGCAGUGCUUGUCUGCGAUGGAGUCGACUCGUCCUGCUACUUCCUUGCCGCGUUUCAUACGGUCGACAAGAAGGGAAGAUAUCUCAACUUUGCCUUCGCCUUCGACAAUGAGAGACCUUUCAGCGUUCUCGCCUUAAGUCGCCAGCUCCCCCUCCUUAACAACGAGGGUCAGAACAACUUUUUGUCCGGCCUCGAAGUCGUCCAAGCCGGAGGAAACAAGUUUGUUCUCUUCACAUACGGGUGUAACGACGACCAUAGUCGGUUGCUCAAGGUCCCGCUGUCUGUUGUACAUGAAUGGCUCUUUCCUCCUUCGCAUAAUCACUAUCAUCACUUUUUACACCAACCUUACCCACUGUUAACGAAAACUCUAGUGAGAUCGUCUUUUCGGUUUCUGGACCGCAUGAUCGCCGGCAAUCGAACAAGACAGGAGACCAAGUUUGUCUUCUGA